GCAUUAACUACGUGGGGGAUUUUAGAAAGGAUCUUAUACCUCCUCUGGUCUUUUAACUUCUUUACGUUUUCUCUCAAUAGCUAAGUAUGUUCUAAUAAAUUCCCUGCUAUUACUGCGGAGUAAAGAAAAAUGACUUUAAAUUGAAUGGCAUACAGUGUGAUUAAGUUCCCUGAAGCACACAGCAGUUCAUUUCAGCCUAAUGUAUGAGGCAUUUAAAUCUGUCUCUCUUUUUUGUGAAAGUAACAUCAUCGCCAUUAUUUCACUCACACAAAAAGAAUCACAAUUAGCUUUAUUGUGUACUGCCGCUAAUUCAAGAUCACAGUAUAGAGCUAGCCUGCUCACAUGCAUUGUUUUAUACAUCACAAUGAUCAUUAUCAGCACUUUGUGUUUAUCUUUUAACACUCAGUAACACUGAUUAUUAUCAGUAAUUCUUUUAAAUAGUGUGAAUAGGGAUGUCUUGAGACUUACAGGCACGUAUACGAAGUGGGUGACUUGGUUUCUGGAACAGUCUGAGUCAUGUUUAACAUUGAGGAUGGCCUCUGCAAACAGCCAGCUUAUGUCUUUUGGCUCUUUAAUGGAAGUGAGGAGCAGGCUGCUUGAGGUGUUUGGGAAGCACAUGUCAUGAAAGGUCAGAUCUCUCAGAAAAAAAGAACUUAAGAAACUGAGCAGGAAAAAAAUAAAGAUCUAAUGAGAAUCUACUGCUGUUACAAGCCAGUUGAGAGAAAUGCAAGUCGUGGCACUCCUGUGUUUCCCUGAUAAUCAGCUGCCAGUGUAAUUAACCACCUCUUUUUAUGUAUAAUGACUGUUUACAUUCUUGGACUUGUGGUAUUAUUUUGAUGAAAUAUGUGAUAGUUGCUUUGCACCUAUUGUUCCAAGUAAACAAAGAAGCAGACAACUUCUCAUCAGGACCAAGCUUAGUACUUUGCAUGCUUCUGUGGUACAGAUCCUGACUUUUUUUUUUUGUUAAUUUGACUUAAGCAUUGUUCUUUCUGUUCAGUUCUAUCCCCAUUGUUUGCCACUGAACUCUCUCCAUGAAGCAACACCUAAAAAUAAGUAAUGUGGACUGACCUGUCCCCGGAAAUACGCCACUGAAGUCUGCAAGUCCAUAGUCCAGGAGUCCAGAGGGCUGUUUGGGACUGGGCGAGUGUCUCGCACUUGGAAGGUUUAGUGACAUACAGGACCUUAAUGAUAUGAUUUUAAAAUACAUUUUUCAGGAAACAGGAAAUUUCUUAAAAUAUACUGAAGAUGGAAGUGAAAUAGCCAAGAUUGAGAAGACAAACAGAGAUAUUCAAGUGAUCUUUAAAAACAGUCCUUCUUAGCUGCGGUUUGUGUAAGAGCAGGAGGUAAAACUGAAGCUAAGCUACUGUAUUCAGCAGAGAUCAUUACUGAGCUCAGAACAGACCGAGACAGAAUGGCGUCUGGAUCUUCUCUCCUGGAAGAGGAGCUCUCCUGUCCUGUGUGCUCUGACAUCUUCAGGGAUCCUGUUGUCCUGAGAUGCAGUCACAGCUUCUGUAAGGCCUGUCUGCAGCAGUAUUGGGAACAGAAGGGAUCUCAGGAGUGCCCAGUUUGCAGGAGAAGAUCUUCUAUGGAUCUACAGCUCCCUAACCUGUCUCUGAGGAAUAUCUGUGAGGCAUUCUUAAAGGAGAGAAGUCAGAGAGCUAAAGCAGGAUCUGAAGUGCUCUGCAGUCUGCACGGUGAGAAACUCAAACUCUUCUGUUUGGAGGAUCAAAUGCCUGUCUGCCUUGUCUGUCAAACUUCAAAAAAACAUGAAAAUCACAAAAUGCGACCAGUUAAGGAGGCUGCAGAAGAGUAUAAGGGGAAACUCAGGACUGCACUGGCUCCACUGCAGGAGAAGCUUGAAUCUAUUAAUGCAGUGAAACUAAUCUGUAAUCAAACAGCAGAGCACAUCAAGAACCAGGCCCAGUGCACAGAGAGACAGAUAAAGAUGGAGUUUGAGAAACUUCAGCAGUUCCUAAAAGAUGAAGAGGCAGCCAGGAUCACUGCACUGAGGGAGGAAGAGGAGCAGAAGAGUCAGAUGAUGAAGGAGAAGAUUGAAAAGAUGACUGAAGAGAUAUCAUCCCUUUCAGAACAAAUCAAAGCCAUAGAACAGGAGCUGGGAGCUGAAGACGUCUCAUUCCUGCAGAGCUACAGAGAUGUGAAGAAACGAGCCCAGUGCACACUGGCGGAUCCAGAGAAGGUCUCAGGAGCGCUGAUUGAUGUGGCCAAGAACCUGGGCAAUCUGAAGUACAGAGUGUGGGAGAAGAUGCUGGGGGCUGUUCAAUACACUCCUGUGACUCUGGACCCAAACACAGCACAUCCCAUCCUCUCACUGUCUGAGGAUCUGACCUGUGUGAAAUGCAAUGGUGAGAGACAGCAGGUUCCUGAAAAUCCAGAAAGAUUUGAAAUGGUGUUGUGUGUGUUGGGCUCUGAGGGAUUCAGCUCAGGGAGACAGUGCUGGGAUGUAGAAGUGGGGGAUGAAGAUUACUGGAUGGUGGGUGUGGCUGAAGAGUCCAUCAGCAGGAAAGGGUUUGCGGAUCUGAGCCCAGCAGGACGAGUGUGGGGUAUACAGUGGUGCAGUGGGAAAUACACCGUCCUGACCUCCUCACGUACCGCCCUCAUUGUGUCGGGGAAACUCCGGAGGGUCAGAGUGCAGCUGGACUGGGACAGGGGGAAGGUGUCGUUCUCUGACCCCAGUACCAACACUCCUCUCUACACUUUUAAACACUCCUUCACUGAGAGAGUGUUUCCAUUCUUCUGGCCUGGUUCUGUGCAGAUCUGUCCACUGAAGGUGUCUGUAAGAGUGGAAUAGUGCUGUGAUUUGUGGGCAAGGAUCAGGUGAACAGACUGCUUCUUUCACUUUGAUUAAUGAGAUAAAAAUAUCUAUUACGAUGUUUUCUUUAAUUAU